AAUUUGAUAUUUUAAGCAACAAAUAAUCGUUGACUUGUAUUUUAAUGUUUGUUGUAAUCUAAUUGAAGGGUCAAGUAGAACAAUGUGUCUUUAAGCCCACACCUUGGAUCGCAAACUGGUAGUCUCAAUCACGUUACCUCUACGAAGUUCCAGACAAUAGGAUAUUGUCGGUGCUUAAGACAAGAUUAUCUCGCAUAUUUUGGGUCAAAUUGACUAAAUUUGAUGGAUAUUCUGCAAAACUUGCCAGAAUUUGUACUGUAAUAGGAUUAUAAACCACAUAUGCCGCCCUUUUUAUAAAUUAUAUCACAAUUUCACCUUGAAAAUGGACACAGGAGCUGAUGAUUGUUUGGGGGAUUUUACCAAAUCAAUCCUGUCACAGUAUGCAUCUGGACUUAACCCACCAAUUUCAGUUAAGACGAGCCUUGUUAGAUCCACUGAUCAUAAUUCCAACAAACGCACUGAAACUGGACCAUCGCAAUCAGAUCAUGGAUCAGGAAGAAUAUCAUCUUCUGAUUCAAAUUCAGAAAAAACAAAUACAGUUUUAAAUAAAAUAGAGAUAUUGUACACUAUGUCUUCGAAACUUCAAUCUUUAUGGGAAGGCAUUUAUCCUGUGGUCGCCACCAACACAAAUUAUACUAAAUACAAUUCAAAGCUUAAAAAACCUCCUGUUUGGAAACAAAAUAAAAAUAUAAGUGAUGUACAAUUGGAAUCGAUUUCUUCAUGGAUAGAAACAUCAUCUAAUAUCCUUUGCAUACUUGCAAAAACUUUAAACGUAAACAGCAAAACUAUAACGGAAUCCAGUGGAUCUGAGAUACUGCAAAAUACCAUUGAUGAGGCCUAUUCUGAUUUCAGCAGUGAUAUUUCCAAGACUUGGGACGAAUCGAAUACUUCUCGCGAAAGUGAAUCAAAAGACUUGAAGAAUGAAUAUCUCCGGGUUAUGAAAUUCAACACAAAAUUACAGUUUGACUAUGAACGAAUAAUUGAUAAGCUAAAAAGGGAGAGAGAUUCUGCGAUGCAGCAAGUCCAAGAAACACACAAGCUUGAAGACGAGAUCAAAGGUCUUAAGGGGGAAAUUGACAACUUACACUCAAAACUCUCAAAUAAAGAGCAUGAGAUUGAGGAAUUGAAUAAUACCUUACAAACAGCUAAUCGAAUUCAGUUUCAGAUGAUGCAGAAGAAUGAAGAACUUGUUGCGCAAAAUCAAAAGUUGAUUAUGGAUAAAGAGAAUUUCAUUGAUAAGGAUAUGGCCAAGGAAUUAAUUAAACAGUACCACGACCAUGAGCGCAAUGGAGGGCAGAAGAAGGAUAUAGUAGAUUUAUUGAAGCGUAUGCUCAGUAUUGACGAUAAAUCUGAGAGUUUGGAAGAUACGAAGGAUGAUAACAAAAGAUCUCUUCUCAACGAGUUUAUAGAUUUUCUAAAUGACAAUUCGCAACCUGAAGAAGAUUCCUAG